UGGCACACCGCGCACCGGGUCGCGUGCCGCCGCUCCGGAGUUGUUUCCGAUCAGCGGGUCUUUUUUAAAACCCUUUCUUCUUUUUCCCUUUCCUUUUCUUUUUUCCUCUUUUUAAAGAAACCUCCCCCAUGCAAGAACACGGCGAGCCCAUGCCGUCCCGGCGCGUGCCUGUCCCACAGCGCUGUUAGGGAACCGGACUGGGAACCAGUUCAGGGCUGCUUUACACACUGGUGGGAAUCCGUGCAAGCGCGUGUGAGGAGUGAGAAGAGAUGCUCGGGUGGAUGUAAAGAGCCGCGUGGGGGGUCUGUAAUCAGUGUAACCAGUGAGCUGCUUUAUUACACACACACACACACACACACACACACGGAGGACUGCGCGCCCUGGAAACGCGCACCGGACCCGCGAUGAUCGUCUCCACGGUUUGCGUGCUCCUUCCGCUGCUGGAUGUCCUGCUGUCUGCAGAAAAGUCCGUGUUUGCUGCAGCGAGCCGGAUGGACUGCGUCGGAGCCAGCGAGCUGUGCUUAAAGGAGCCGGGAUGUAGCACCAAGUAUCGGACUAUGAGGCAGUGCAUAACGGGGAAGGAGGGCAACAUCAGUGCCGAGGGCAGGGACGAGUGCCGCAGCGCCCUGGACGCGCUCAAGCAGAGCCCGCUGUAUAACUGCAGGUGCAAAAGAGGCAUGAAGAAGGAGAAGAACUGUCUACGCAUCUACUGGGGACUCUACCAACACUUAAAAGGAAAUGAUUUGCUGGAGGAAUCUCCUUACGAGCCCAUGACAAGCCGUGCAUCAGAUAUAUUUCGAUUAGCGCCCAUCUAUUCAGAGGGAGACACGAACAGCGGCCCCCGGACUGCUCCAGCCACCAUGACCCCGGCCCAUAACCCUGGUAGAAACAAGAGAUCAAACCCUGCUUGGGCUGUUCUGGGUGACCCUGCUCUGGCCAAGGAGAACAACUGCCUCAAUGCAGCCAAGGCAUGCAACCUGAAUGACACGUGUAAGAAGUACCGCUCUGCCUACAUCAGCCCGUGCACGAGCCGCGUCUCUACAGCCGAAGUGUGCAACAAGCGCAAGUGCCACAAGGCGCUGCGUCAGUUUUUCGACAAGGUGCCUCCCCGACACAGCUAUGGCAUGCUGUACUGCUCAUGCCCUCCAGGAGACCAGUCAGCCUGCUCCGAGCGCCGGCGCCAGACCAUUGUCCCUGCGUGCUCCUAUGAAGACAAGGAGAAGCCCAACUGCUUGGCUCUGCAAGUCUCCUGCAAGAGUAACUACAUCUGCAGGUCACGCCUUGCGGAUUUCUUUUCCAACUGUCAGUCUGAGCCACGAUCUCUUUCGGGCUGUCUGAAAGAAAACUACGCUGAUUGUCUCCUCUCCUACUCAGGCCUCAUUGGUACAGUGAUGACCCCAAACUACCUGCGUUCCCCUAAAAUCAGUGUGUCACCGUUCUGUGACUGCAGCAACAGCGGCAACAGCAAAGAAGAUUGUGAGCGGUUCACGGAGUUCUUCACUGACAACGCCUGUCUGCGUAAUGCCAUUCAGGCAUUUGGAAAUGGGACCGAUGUGAGCGUGUGGCAGUCGUCGCCGGCGCAGACCACCACGCCUGUGGUCACUCCACACAGAGGUCGAGGACAUGAGAAAUCGCCCAACUCCCUGGAACCUCACUCGCAUGGCACCCACUUGAAUCCCGGAGACAACUCACUCUAUCAGUUCUGUGGAAACCUACAGGCACAGCAGCGAAAGACCAACCAGACAAUAGAUGCGUUCUGUGUGGACCCUCAGAUCGACAAAUCCAGCUCCUCCAACUCCAUCACAGGGAACUCGGCAUCUCCGUCAGGCUUUAACGCUCCACUGCUCCUGCUGCUCAGCUCUUUGCACUGCUCCCUGGAACUCCUGACACCCAACCUGCCACUGCUGUUGUAGCCACCUGGCCAAGGCAACACAUGGACGCUCGUAAUUUGUAUUAAAAAAUAUCUCCGAUAUAUGUUCCAGGUCUCCCUGUUGUAAUCACCUUCUCUCGCUGUCUACUCUCUGUAUUUUUACAAGCUUUGGUUUAUGCGAAAGUGAUUUUGGUGUAAGUUGAGAUUUCUCUCUGUUCCCUGUUGGGAUUUUUUUUUUUUUUUGUACCUGGAGUUGAACAGCGAAAAAGCAUGUGUAAGAGUUGUUCUUGCGAAUUUUUCGAGAUGACUCACAAUCUGGUCUCGAGGGCGAGAAAUCAUUUGAGGUCAAGAUGAUUGGCAGCAGCAACGGCAGUGGCAGCUUUCUUAAGUGUUUGAAGAAUCUCAUCGGUGUUUUUGCAUAUGUUGUGUGCGGUGAAAAUGACAUGCAUUGAUUUCUAACUAGCACACAAACUUGAGGCUUACUGGGAGGUUUUGAGCUUUUUUCACACUAUUGGCAUCAACACACAUUGUGUCAUGGGGUAAAUUUUGGAGGCACACACAAAAUCCAAGGAAGAUUCGGUUGCUGAGGUUUCUGUUGUGCAUGAUUAUUCUGAUAAAGUGAUCGCUUUCCUAGCUUUAACCUGAUUAUUUUGGAGCUGUUCGUAUGUGUACAGGAUAUAUUUUGAGAUCUUACAUUGGGUCAGGAAGAAGUGUGAGCGCAUAGAGUCUGAAAGAGUGUGUUUCAGUGCCUGGGUCAGUUUGGCAGUGCCAGUUCAACUGCGUUGAUCAGAGUGCCUCCAAGUCUAUUAACAGUCACCAGUGUUGUAUAUGAUUUCCUCAAACUCCUAUAUUCUCUCUUUUGAAACUUCACUGUAAUUGUAGCUGUCAGCAGUCCAAACUCAUCUGUCUUCACAGUGCACAUUUAUACUGCCUUUACAGUGGAGACUUUACAAUGCUUGGACCCCUUGCGUCCAAAUGAAAUACUGUCUUGUAUAUUAUAUAGUUUUUUUUUGUGGGCGUGUGUGUGUUGUAUUCCUGAGCAUUGCAGAAGAAGGCUGCGUUAUGGCUGUUUGAUCGUGCUCUAAAUCAAUCCAAAGGUUUGACUUUAAAUUUAGUUCCCUCUGAAAUGAACCAGAAACGCAAUCCACGCUCACAAAGCAUGUCCAGAUUGAACAGCUGUUGCACACUUGAAGCACUGAUGACAUGAUGUUUGGCUUUUUUUUUAAUGAAAAUAACCAGAAACACAUUAAAGCAUUGCUCUCUUUAUUUACAGGGCAUCCAGAUGUUACUGAGAUACUUAUUUACUUAAAAUAGACUGAGAAAAUAUGAAUUUUGAUUUGAUAUUGCUACGUCUUGUUUAGAGAAACACACACAAACACAAAUAGACUCCACCUAUAAUGACUGCUGCCCCAAAGUGUACUAUGGAGAUUGAAUUAAACACGACGCUAUUGUUUAAUGGUUUAAAAAGAAAGGGAAAAGUACAGAAGAGGGAAAAAAAAAAUCCCCUUUUAUUUUUGUAUUUUUUGCAUUGCGAGUUUUCUUUCUGAAGAAACUCUUGCCCAUGCUCGCAGCUAUAAGUGAUCUGGGUUAUAAAUGUUGCGGUAAAGCUUUUACAGACGGUAUUAGCCGGUGUAGAUGGGCAUUUUAGGGGCGGAUGCAUUGCCCUGCUGUGCAGAAAGGCCUACACUGAGUGUACAAAACACAAUAUACAUCUGGAUAUUACACUGCGUUUUCACACACUUUCACUUCCAUUACGACCAUCUGCUCAUCUGCACAAUUCAUUUCUCUUUCAACAGUGAGCCACUUUUACUGAACAUCUUUGGGGUGGUGGAUCAUUCCAGAUACACAGUAAUGGGCUUAAUAAGCUCCCAGCAUUAGUAGCCGUUAUUAUUUUUUUUCUGCCUCAAUAUUUUCGACUCAUUUCAAUUCCAUUACUGAAGAAUGUAAAUAACAAGAAGUAUUAAGAAGUGUGAAAAUAGCCAGAACUGUGACUUAUCCUACAAAAAUCUUUCAGAUAUAUCCUAUACAUUGAAAACA